AUGUGGUGGCCGUUCUCUUCACACUAUCCAGAGCAAUCCCUUCAAUUCCUACGACCACAGUACGAUUACAUUGUCGUGGGCGGAGGAAAUGCAGGAUGUGUCCUUGCUCGCCGUUUGAGCGAGGGCGGAAAGCAUACAGUCCUGGUCGUGGAACGAGGCGAUGCUCGUGAUUCCUUUUUAGACUCGACCCCACUGCUUGGAAUACAUCCAUUGGGUGGCCUGAAACACACUUCAGUCGUUGAGUCUGCUCCCAUUGCUACCCUCGGCGACCGCUCGGUUUCCCUUGCUUGCGGCUCGGGUUUGGGCGGUACCACCCGUAUCAACGGGGGCCAAUAUACCUGCGGUGUUCCAGCUGAAUUCAACAGUUGGAAUGAGCGAGGACGGAAAGGUUGGUCUUAUGAAGACCUAAAGCCUUAUUUCCGGAAGUCGGAGACUUGGAAUGGGCCGGUCCCUGAAGAGUACCAUGGCCUAGAUGGCAGGUGGCCUCUUAAUGUCAGAUCGUUCCAGGGCUACUUCUAUGGUAGCUCAGAGAGGGCAAUGGCGGCCGCCAAGAGUAUAGGUUUCUUAGACAUACUCGAUAUGCAUUCGCCCCUGGAGCCGAGUAUUGGUGUGAACAAGAUGCAAUUCACAAUUGACCCAUCGGGACGCCGCCAAUCAGCGUUCCGGGCGUACCUCCACGGAGACUUUGUGAAAGAACAUGAUAAUCUCCACGUAUGCACAAAAACAUCUGCUCGUAAAUUGGAGUUCUCGACCGCCGACGAUGGCAGCAUUCGUGCGGAGGGCGUGGAGUUGCACAGUUUAGACGGCCGUCAACGCCGCGUGGUCACAGCCCGGCGAGAGAUCAUCCUGUCCUGUGGGGCGCUGCACACGCCCCAGCUCUUACUGCUAAGUGGAAUAGGACCCCAAGAUCAUUUGCAUGAAAUGGGAAUCCGUGUCGUCAAAGACAUGCCGGGAGUGGGAGCACAUUUUCAAGACCAUGUUCUCGUGCCAACUGUUUACAAUUGUCCUCUUUCUGACUCGUUGUGGGCUAUGGUCAGACAACCCACAACUCUCAUCCGGGAGAUCUAUAGAUAUAUCAGAUACGGCACGGGGUGGUUCUUGUGCACGUUUGCUGAGAUGGAGAUCUUUGGCUUAUCAUCUCUUGUGGCGUCGGACGGUCGGGUGCCCCAACUUACCAACUCACAAUUAGACUCGUUCAACCCCAAGAACAUCUCAGACUUUGCGGUAUUCUGCUCACCGUUGGCCGACUCAGGGCGAUUGCGUUACGAAACCAAAGGACUUCUCGGUUUGAUGGCAUGUCUUAUGCAAUCGAAGUCAGUCGGCCGCGUGCGCCUCCGGUCUUCCGAUCCGACAGACGAGCCCAUAUUCGAUAUGCAGUACCUGACGCGCUCGGAAGACUACACUGCGCUCCGAGCAGCUCUGCGUGUGACGGUGGCGAUAGCUCGGGAGAUGCGUGCGGAAGGGUAUGAACUGGAUGAUAGCAUUGUUCCAGACGUCUCAAGCGAUGCGGCAUUGGACGAGUACAUUCACAAGCACGCUAGCACGAUGUUCCAUUACUCGAGCUCGUGUCGAAUGGCCCCGGAAGAUGACUCGGAACCUGGAGUCGUGGACGACGAACUCCGUGUACACGGAAUACCGAAUCUUCGCAUCGUAGAUGCAAGUAUUUUCCCUGAUGUGCCGGCAACUCACCCUUCAGCAUUGAUUUAUGCUAUAUCCGAGAAGUGUGCAGACUUAGUCAGGCAAUGCGCGUCCGCUAGCGGGUGA